AUGGAACAAGAGCAGAACAACACCUUAGCCUUCCUCGAUGUCCAAGUCACCUGGGAAGAGGAUGGCUCCAUCAAUCUCCCACACAAUUCACUGCAAGCCAACGCACACCGACUGAUACCUACACAAGACAUCCUUCCACCACCCAGGCUUCAAGUCAGCAGUCAGCAACACCCUUCUCCGCCGAGAUUACAACACCUGCGACCCAAGCCCAUUUCAAGCAAGAGCUCCAUCACAUUAAGACAUCCUCAAGUUCAACGGCUACAAGAACAUCAGCACCGACACUUUUGUAGUGUGGUCACCCUACCCUACAUCAGCCACAUCUCCCACAAGCUACGAGUCUUCAGCCAAGCCAACAUCAAGGUCUAUCACACAGCUCCACACAAGAUACAAGCUCAACUAAAGACACACAAGGACAAACAAGACCUGAAUACCAUGGCAGGAGGCUACAGUAUUCCAUGUGAAUGCGGCAAUGUUUACAUCGGAGAGACAGGACGUGACCUCAAGACAAGAAUCAAGGAACAUCAAGCACAUGGCAGGAAAGGAGAAAUCGACAAGUCAACCAUCAUCAAGCACUAA